ACGAACGUGUGAGCUUCUGAAAAAAUUCAAGACAGAGCAAAGAAUCGGAGGUGUACAUACUAUAUAGUGCAGCUAUACUAAAUAUAGCUAAAAUCAUUUUCUUAUAGUAAUUUUCUAGGAAUCAGACAAAAUGGAAAGUUUCUGGCAGGAGGUAAAAUCACUUCUGAAGACCCUGCUCUGCUUUGUGAUUGCUUUGAUGUUGAUUCCUCUAUUGCUGUUAUCGUUCCUUUGCGCCCAUUUUGGCAACGAACUAUCUAACUAUGUGCUGAGCAUCAAGUACCCGAACCUUACCAUCUCAAAGUCCAAGAAGAUCCGGACUUUAAUUGACACGCCGAAGAAUGCGGGCGUAUUUCACUUUCUUCUCCAAGUGGAGGGAAACUGUGACUUCGAGAGGAUCAAGAUGUCCUAUGCCCAGUAUCUGACUGAUGUGAGGGAUAAAACUGGAAUGCUAAGGUUUCCCAAGCUUCGUCAAAAACUCGUUCCUUGUUGGGGACAUUAUGCGUGGGUAAAUGAUAGCAGUGGCUUCAACAUUAACAACCACGUUCUGCUGAGUACACACAAAUACCGAGGACGUCCAGUCACCGAAUCGAAUAUUCAGGAUUAUGUCAGCGAACUGGCCACCAAGUAUAUACCAUCAGAUCUUCCCCAGUGGCAAGUGAUUGUAAUUCCAAACUCAGAUAACACUCAACCCUAUUAUAUCCUCAUCAAAUUGCAUCACUUGAUAAUUGCCGAAGAGGAGGAUCUGCAUGUGAGUGAGAUGCUUCUACUUCAGGACACACAUAAGAAAACCCUGAUGACCAUGUCCGAUGGAUUGAGUCAGAGUUCGAAUCAACAACUGUCUCACUUUGUAAGAAAACCCGAACACAUCAGCAGGCUGAUAAGUCAUAUAAUGCAUCUUGUCAUCUGCCGCUGGCAGAAAUUCAUCUACGAAUUCGAAUCCCUCGAAACUCCCGACGGGGCUUCGUCUAGUAUUCAAAUUAGAAACCUCAGUCAGUUGGCUUCUUUGGUAGUAAUUAUCCUGGUCAAUGUGAUUUUGGGCUAUAUAAGGAGUCGUUCAAUGCUUAAAAAACUUAAAAAGCGAUCAAUUAGUUACCGAAAUGAAGUGGGUCGAUUUCAAACUAUACGAAUGCUAUUAAAUAGGGAAUUAGAGCAAAAAAAUCUUACUUGGUCGGUGGCCAGAACUGCCAUAUAUAACAGCUUGCAACCUACUAAUUUGGCCAAGGUUUGGACCCGUUUUCUUUGGCGCUUAAAUCUAAAUCAUGUUUUGCUUUUGCCCUAUCACAUUUACUGUGAGUUUUUGGCUUUCGGUGAUGUCUUAAUAAAGGGACAAACUUCCUAUACUUCCACCUAUUGCGCUAGACUUCAUUUAUAUGUACCCCUCUUACUUUAUGCUCAAUUAGAGUUUUUCAAAAUUCUCUGGGAGCUCUUUCAGGCUCCAAGAAAUAUUUACGAAGUACUUUUCGAGCAGCCCACACAGGAGUUAAAUAUACUCCAUAAAAAAUCAUAUGCAGGCAGGAAAAUUGUCUCCUUUGGCCGUUCAUUAAAUGGUGCCCAGCUUCGGACCCGCAAUCAGGGUAAAUUCAGUGAUGAUCUCAGAGAAUCCGACUUUAGUUUAACUUGCUUAGCAGGCGCCGUUCACGAUUACUUUGAUACAUUCUCGGAAGAUACGAAAGUGCCCAAUUUCUUGAAUACCACAUGCAGGACCAUAGAUAAAGGUUACUUUACAGAUCGCAGUGGAGAUAAAUCGGAAAAUAUUGGUGGCGUAGUGUUUCUGCAAUUGCCCUUAAGAAAACCGGAUGCAAAUCAUGUUAAAGAACUUCAUCAUAUUGUUGAAAGAAUCAGAAAGCAACAGAUAAUGAUAUAUUUAGCUUCGAUUGGUCAGACAAAAUUCAGCCUUCUCACAUCACUUUUUCCUCAUGUUAUCACAAAAAUCUUCAUAAACUUUUUCUCGUACAACUUCCCCAUCACAAUCACUGAAAUUUAUGGAGCAACGGAUGAAUUUCAAUCGGCCUGGGGUCAGAAGGUUCAGGACGUCCUUCUGUUCCGACCUCCUCAAUCGAAGACCUGCCUUUCUCUAAAUCUACAUCGUUUUGGUGACAAAUAUAGAUUGGCCGUAAUGGCGGAUACUCAUCUGGCACCGGAUCACACUAUCAUCACGAGGUCCUUCGAUCUAUAUAUGGAAACAAUCACUGUCUAACAAACAAGAAUCGCCUCCAUCUUUUUUCGGGAAAAGGGAAUUUAUUUGCAUAAUGUUUAGAAUAUAAAAACUAUUUAUCCAACAUC